UAAGUUAAGUUAUUUUUCCUAAGGGCGUCUUGGACCGAGUGACCGGUGCGGCGAGAGACUCUCUUCAGUAGGGACUCAUCCACUGCAACCUUUUCUGGGGAUCCCGUUGCUUGGAAAGCACACGUGUCUUGCGGUUAGGACUCGUCGGGUGAAUCUCCAGGGAGAAUGCCGCCACGUAGAGGUGCACGCCGAGGAGGUGGUAGGGGAGGCAGAGGUGCCGGUCGUGGCCAGCCGGAGGCGCCACCUGCUGCACCGGCAGUCGACCCAAAUGCACCGGUCACCCAGGCGGAUCUCGCCGCGAUGGAGCGGCGCUAUCAGGACAUGCUGCAAGCUGCUUUGGCGCCUUUCCUAGCCGCCCAGCAGAACCAGGCCGCCCAGCAGAACCAGGCCGCCCAGCAGAACCAGGCCGCCCCUGCUCAGGCCCAAGCCGUUGUUCCUCCAGCCCCUGAGGAAGCUCCACCAGUACCAGUUCAACUGUCGGCCGAGGCGAAACACUUACGGGACUUUAGGAAGUAUAAUCCUAAGACCUUUGACGGAUCUAUGGACAACCCCACAAAGGCCCAAAUGUGGUUGACGUCCAUAGAGACUAUUUUCCGGUACAUGAAGUGCCCAGAAGACCAGAAGGUGCAGUGUGCAGUCUUCUUCUUGGAGGACCGAGGCACCGCCUGGUGGGAGACCGCUGAGAGAAUGCUGGGGGGCGAUGUCAGUAAGAUAACUUGGGAGCAGUUCAAGGAGAACUUCUAUGCUAAGUUCUUCUCUGCCAAUGUGAAGCACGCCAAGCUGCAAGAGUUCCUAAACUUGGAGCAAGGCGACAUGACGGUGGAGCAGUACGACGCCGAGUUCGAUAUGCUGUCCCGCUUUGCUCCCGAUAUGGUAAGGGAUGAGGCUGCCAGGACGGAGAAAUUCGUUAGAGGACUCAGGCUAGACAUUCAGGGCAUUGUCAGAGCUCUCCGCCCAGCCACGCAUGCUGAUGCACUACGUAUAGCACUGGAUUUGAGCCUGCCUGAGAGAGCCGAUUCGUCUAAGGCUGCCGGCAGAGGGUCAGCCUUGGGACAAAAGAGAAAGGUUGAGACGCAGCCUGACGUAGCACCGCAGCGAACACUGAGAUCAGGAGGUGUUUUCCAGAGACACCGACGGGAGCUGGCAGCAGCCGGGAGGACGCUGAGAGAGCUACCCGCUUGUACUACCUGUGGGAGAGUCCACGGAGGUCGUUGUUUGGCUGGAAGUGGAGUCUGUUUCAGAUGUAGACAGCCGGGGCAUACUGCUGAUGUGUGUCCUCGGAAACCCUUUGAGACGACACCGCCCCAGCCUUCUGCGGCCCAGCAGGGGAGAGUUUUCGCCACUACCCGGCAGGAGGCCGAGCGAGCUGGCACAGUGGUGACAGGUACGCUCCCAAUUUUGGGGCAUUAUGCUUUUGUGCUAUUUGACUCUGGGUCAUCCCACUCGUUUAUAUCCUCAGUUUUCGUUCAACAUGUGGGUUUGGAGUCUUCAUUGACGACAUCCUGA